CCGAUUGCCUGUACGGGCAAACUUAAAUAAUAGAGCGAAUGUUGAAGUGCCUUGAGUAGGCUCCCUUACUGCCCCGGCGUGACCUCUGCCUCACACAGGCUCCAGCAACAGCAGCUUCCACUUGAGUUGUGGGAAAAGACUUCGGAAACCUUUCAGGAUAUGUCAGAGCAAUUAGUGCAGACGCAUCUGUGAUGCAUGACACCGUGCAGGGCAGACCACGAGUGAGAAACUGUCCACUGUCCAUUAUAUAAUGAAUGUGACAUAUUUUCAUAAAGCUAGUAUUCAUAUCAGAUUUGCACCCUGACAGCAAAAGCAACUAGCAUGUGAUUGAUAAUCCAGUACUAAGUGACAAGUGGAGAUACCUGUGAACAGAAUGGCAUCCUUCAAUAUCCCUCACAAUCUUGCUUCAGCUAUGGAGGCACUGAAGAAAUUUUCCAGGAUGGCCUACUCAGUAGAACAUAUAGAAAAGUUCCAGAGUGCUGUCAAAAUCGUCUAUGGGGCAGAAUAUAUUAUUGAGACAGAUUUUCUUGGUCGAAUGAUAUUUUGUUGCAAAAUAUGUCAUAAACCAAUGAACAAUGAAGUUACUUUAGCUGAACACAAUCGAUCAGAUUUUCAUCACAAGAAUCUUGACAAGAAAAUGCGAGACAAGGGAUUCGAAGGCAGAGCCUGCUUAAAUUUUCCUUCAACCUCUCUGCAGUUCAAACUUGCUAAUAGUAUACUGAAACCCCUGGGCCUGCAGAUGAUAGAGGAGUACACCCAGGAUUUUGGACCUUCUUACUACAAAUGCAUUUUGUGUGCUGCGCAUGGGAAAAUUGAUCCAAUGUACCAUCAUGUGGUAGGGAAAAAGCAUACAGAGAAGUAUAUUCGUUGGAGAUGUUUCCUGAAGGAUUCCAUUCUGACCUCUGCAGAAAGGGAGGAGAUCCGACAAAGAUUGAUUUUUGAGGAGGGAGUAGACUGCACACAGAUCAGAGUUAUCAGAGGCAAAACAUAUUUUCCCCAUAAGUGGAUGGCAGAAGGCAGGCCAACACCAAGACUCAAAGCUGAAUAUUUCCCAGAAUCUCCGGGUGGAAAGGGUGAGAAUUCCCAAGGAUUGAAGGCAUUCCCCAAGACAGGCAGAAAGGCAAGCAAUUCAUCGGGGAUAAAAACAGAAACUCUGAAUCCUUCAAAGUCUGUGUGCUCAGGAUCCUCAAGCACAUCAGCCUCCAGUAACAGAUAUCCACCCUUAUGCAAGGAUGAGAAGGACCAGAUAAUGCCAGGAGGGAAGGAAGAGGAUAGUUGUCCAAACUUGGACAUAAGAAAUGCAAGCUUACAGAAAUAUGAUCUGGAGGAGUUGAUGUCAUACUUGGUGUUCAUCAUUGAAACUCAUUCCAUGCCUGAAGCUGAUUUGAGAACUCCAGAAGAUGUUAGAAUGGCUGUUCAAUUGAUUUUCAAAAUUUCUGUUGCACUACACAGUAUCCCUCACACUUGCUUGGCAAACGGGUCAUGCACGACUCCAAGAGAGGAAUGGAUCUUGAAAGCACAGAAAGAUAAACUUGAAAAAAUAAUGGGAAAAAUCAGAUUCUUCGUGGAGCCAACCUUGAAAGAACUCUCAAAGGAAAUGGAAACCUGACUUCCAGGACAGAAAGGCUUCAUUUUGGAUGACAUAAGCCAAAUCAUCGGUGUAAGAAAAAUCUUGAAUAUCAUGUGUUCAUGUUUAAUCUUGAAAGAAUAGAAAAAAAGUCUUGUGAACUGCAGUAGACUUUGAAGAAGAAUAAAUACAAUUCUUCAAAUGGCAUUUACCAUAUUACUAAGAAAGGAAAAGAAGUAUUAGCUUUUUAGUAUUAUUUUUUUACGUGUAUUGUUGCUCAAUUGCAUUAUAGGUAAGUAAUGCACUUAAUGUCUCAGAUGAAUACAGGAAUAAUGUAAGCUAGAAAUUACUAGAGUGAAAAAUCACUCAAAGUUGUAUAUUUUAGGACACAAUGUUAUUUACAUUUUACUACUAUAUAUAAUUAUUUUUUAAUUAAUUUAUCAGUAGGAACUUGUGACAUAAGUGAUCAGAAUAAUUCUUCUCUCUGAAUAUCACUGAUUACUUCACAGUUUACAGUUGUUACCCCAGGUUUUCUGUCACAAUCGUGUGUGGCUCAUUAUAUUCCUGAAAACCUCUAGUUCAUAACCUUUGAUAGGAAAAGAAGAGUUAGGUUGAACUUGGCUCUGGAUACACAUAAGUACCUGUUUACUUAAGGCUUAACUUAGAUCUGUAUUUAUUUAGGUUCUCCUAAGGUUAGAUUCAUCAUGGUCAAGUUACACACACUUCAAAGCAAGACAAAUCACCUUAAGUAAAAAUACUUUUUAUAUAUCAAAAGGAAACGAAGAAACAUCUUGUACAUUUAACCCCUUCAUUAUCAAAAUGCACUAUAUAUGUGUAUACUUUUGUUCUUAACAGAAUAAUGCACCAUUAGAUUUAUUAAAAAUAAUUCUGAACAC